GGCGUUGGGGCCCUGGAAGGCUGUCACAUACCGGUAUUGCCGCCAAGGAGCACGCAAGUGAUUAUUAUAACUACAAAGGCUGGUACAGCAUCGUAUUGCUCGCCCUGGUCGACCAUAAGUACCUGUUCAGGACAUCGCAAGGGUGCGCCACAUACCUUUUCCACGGCACAACUUUCUCUCUGGGCUGUGCAAGCUGUGUGCAGGACCCACCCUAUCCCCAAUGGCAACCAAGCUGGCUUUCCUGCCGUGCUGUUUCCCAAAUGGGAAAGGCGAGGCUGAAGGCCACCAAGUGUAACCCAGGUGACAAGAAGCCUGUUCACGUGAAGAAAGGAGAUUCCAAACCCGUGGUUGCUGGUGGCCAGCCAGAGGUGCAGGAUGGUGCAACUGGCGAACAGCUGGGACAUAGGUUAGGACUAGCCUUCUCUACUGCCGAGGCAGGGAUGGCAAAGACGAAGAAAGAGAAAAGGAAUAUGCGUCAUGAGGCCUUCAUCAGAAAGCUUGAGGCUGGCAAGAUCAUAAAACACAAGCGCCGCAAGAAGAAAGCAUGUGUGCCCAAAGCUCUGGACCUCAAGAACCUGGUGGAUGCCCUGCCCGCCGUGGUGGAGAGGACAGCUGUUAAGCCAGGGAGGACACGACGAAAGCCUCGGGCAUCCAAGAGCUUCCAAGCAAGCAAUAAGUUACUGGAGAAGGACAUGAAGCACUUGGAGCGAGUUGUGAACCACCCACAGUUCCAAGCGAAUCCCAUCGAUGCGGUUUUGAACCACUUGCGGCAGGCAUACAAGUCCUGAAGCUCCUCUGACAAGUGUUGCAUACCGUGCCCAUAUUUUUUGCAGCCAGUGCUAUUGUGCAUUGUGGACAUUAUAUUUGAGCGGCUGCUAGAUGGAUUUUUAAUAAAGUUGUUGGCAGCUAUGGCUGCAAGAAAAAAAUUUCUUCUGCGAGCUCCAGUGUCGCAGUGUGUGCAUUGUGGCAGUGCUAAAAGCAGAUAUUGUGAACCUGGUGUUACGUAAUUUUUCUCCAGUCCUACUGAUGAAUUAUUGUGGUUUGGCAUUGUUGGUAUUUUGCUGGCUAUAUUGAAUGUAAAAAAGACAUGCGAUGCUUCAGUGUCAAUAAGUUUCGAAUGGUUCUCUAUGCAAUGCCGAGUCGAAUGAAAAUUGCGCAGGCAUGCACGCAUUAGGUAAAAAUUUAGAUCUUACGGAAUUCGUGAUACCAAAAAUGAAAAGAAAGGCUUUCCCCUCAACACUAUGAAUCACAGCAGUGGUUCAGCAGUAACAUGUACACGUGUUAGGUAUGCUAGUCUGAAGGUGGUAUUGAUGGCUUUAGUAUGUGCUUGCUGUUUAUAACUGCAUUGUUUGUUGCGUGGAUGUGCAACUUGUGCACAUCGCAUGCAGAGAGACUCAAGGUCCCUGACCUCUCCUUUCCUUUGAUCCGUUUAAUGCUAGAGGAGCAGGAAAACAUUCUAUUUUUGUAUACUUUCUUUUCAUCUUGUAUGAGAGCAUUUAGUGAGAGAAGAGUUGACUGUGAUUGUGCUGAAGAUGGCUGUGCGAGAACGCUUAAUGUGAAAAUGUCAUGUGGGUUUUAGUUGGACUACCUGCUGAUGUACCAAUACAUAAAUUCAGAAGAGGGGCAAGUCAGUUUCUGAACCGACAUUUGCAUCACUAAGGAAAGCUUGUCUCAUACAAAAAAUUAGGCCAGUGCUAGUUUUAGGUCGGAACAGGCAGUAAACGAAUUUGAUGCAUUUUUCCGCUGACUGGAGCAUCGCAAAAUAAGCAGCGUGACGUCAGGCAUACCUAAAUUUCCCGAAAUAGAUGCCUAUCUGAGUACCCAUCACCAACGCUUGCUAGAGUUAGUAUCAUAAGUUCCUGGAGGGACUGCUGGUGCUCGUGUCUGGGAGGUGCAUAUACCUGUAUGGCAGUUCACCCAGUAUGAAAUGAUUAGUACUACUAUAGUAGUGCAUGGAGGUGCAUAUACCUGUGUGGCGGUUCACCCAGUAUGAAAUGAUUAGUACUACUAUAGUAGUGCAUGGAUUUGCCUAAAUUUAAUUUUUCUGGCUUUAAGUGCCUUUGCAAAUUGGUCAUCUUCAACAAAAUAGUGUGGUUUAAAAGCGACUGUUCAGAAAGAUUAUACAUUUGUGUAGAGACUUAAUUGCCUUUCUGUGUUCAGAAAACUUAUUGCUUGACAAUUUAGAAAGUCAAAGCCUUAUAAAUUUCGCCACAAGAACGUCAGAACACAAAUACAAAUAUUAGACAAAUCCACAUAUUACAUUAUUUAGAUAAGGGCAGUGUACUAAGGGAGCACUCACUUUUGAGGCGCUUUAUGCAGAAGGCACCAGAUUGCACUGUAGGCGUAUGGACGUCAGACUCUGGAGUUUGGCAAGACGCGUAGCGCCACCUACCGGUGCGAAGAGGCUGUAAUUGAGUAGUGCGAAGCUAGACUCCCUUGCUAAGUUGCCUUUGCAGCUAGCGACUGCGAAACAACGAUUUAACUAGAUUUUGGUCCAUAUUGCGAGCGUUUUGCGCAUUUAACACCCCGACAGAGAGCUAUGAAAUUCUAGCUAGUCGGACACGCCGCCGAACUGCCAUAAAGCGCUUGCUGGCCCACUUUUCAGACUGAAGGCGCAAACGACGGCAACCGCGAUAGCUCCGCGCGCUACGAAGAAACGCCGCAAUCGACGCUACUGUUGUGUUGUAAACUGCCAUGAACGUGAAGGACGGAUGAACAACGUUCCGUUUUACUGAUUUCCAUCGCGAUCGUAUGAAGGGGAAAGGCGAGAGCGCUGGAUACGGGCCGUUCAACCUGUUGGGCAAUCGAAUUACUUGCAUUCCCCACAACACAGCGGCUCGCAUGAGAAAGUGCGACAAUUUUGUUCUGUAAUUGUGUGGCGUAGCCCUGACGGAGGACCGUGGUAAGCAAGCGGAAACUCAAGAAUAUGCAGCCGCCACUUCGUUGGUAACCGAAAAAACAACGUUGCGAACCAUCCUUUUAUGUGCCAUGGAUAUCUCCACAUUUUAACAGACGUCCGCCUCCGCUUGACUCAACAAGUAGAACGGAGAGAUUUGGCAGGUCAGCUUAACCAAACAUUUUGGUUCGUUUAUGAAUUCAAAAUCCUGUUCUAGAGCAUCGUUGUAUCGCGAGCUCAUUUCUACUUUCGGUAUUUUGUAUGUCCUGCGCCGAUACAACAAGCACGCUUCGCAAUGUGCUGAGCCUGCUCGACACGCGUUUUUCAAAUGUGAGCAAUGAAGUUGCUGUAGGAUCACUGGACAAGUAAUUGCGAAGUAACGCACGUGUGUAAAGAAAAAAAAUGACGCGUUUAUUUGCAUUUAUUUGUGCGCGCUUGUUGCUCGAAGCGUCUGCGAAAAGUUCAAAUUAAGGUACGAGCGAUGCUGUAGCUCCUGCGAGAAAGAUGCAGCGCGCAGGCACUGUAGGAAGCUUUCUUUCGUUAUGAUCGCACGUUGUUUGCUGCCUUGGAAAACGUUUUCUGUUUGCUGCCCUGGAAAAUGCUAUGAAAGGAUUUACUCUCUGUACAUAAUUGCGAGACAAAACAUUACGAUAAAAUACAUAAAAAUAUAGGAGAUACUUAAGUCUUGCGUUCAGGACAUAUUCAACAUGAACCAAUUUGAAAUGCUUAGAUUUUUAUGCUGAUAUGCCUAUAGACAAACCUGAUACUCUCUGUACUUGCGAGUUGCAGCACGCCGAAAUAAAACUUGAGACUUUAUUUUAUAUUGUACACGUA